UCCGUGGACGAAUCUCGGUGCGUGCCACCGUGGUUUAAAAAAUUAAUUAACGAGUUCCGGAGAAUCCGCGUCAUAGGCGUGAGGUGUGCGCGUCGUUUUUGUGGAGUGUGCGAGAAAAGCCCGUCGUCUUUUCGCUGCCGCGACGACGGUUGCUGGGACGUGGAAUCGCGCGGCGGGAUUCUCAGUGCUGCGGACUAACGAGAUAUGUCAGUGUUUGGUAGUGAGGAUCGAAUUCUACUUGAAGAAAUUGUUGAAACCACCGAGGAACAAGAAACUAAUUUGUGCGGAAGCAUUGGAACAGUGGAGGAGGGCUCGGUGGCCACGAGCGUGACGAUCGCCGAGGUCGUUGAUUCGCAAGAUCAACAGCAACAGCAAUCAAAGAGCAACGGCGCAGUAUCUCGCCGUGUUGCUGGUCAAAACGUUGCGCUGAGCAACGGCAAUAGUACCAGCAACGUCGGCCGUGUGACACCGCGAAGCCACAUGGAGCAGGAGAAGCGUAUGCGGCGAGAAAUCGCCAACAGCAAUGAACGACGUCGGAUGCAAAGUAUUAACGCCGGUUUCCAGUCGCUGAGGACGUUGCUACCGCACCACGAGGGCGAGAAACUUUCUAAGGCUGCGAUACUUCAGCAGACUGCCGAAUAUAUAUACCAGCUGGAACAAGAAAAGACCCAACUGUUGUCACAGAAUUGUCAAUUGAAACGACUGGUUAACCAGCACGAGGGUGGCGAUGUUCCGAUCAAGAAACGCAAACCAGAUAAUCAAGGAGGCGUCGUGGUUAGUCUACCGAUGCACGUUAGCGAGAGCGGUGACGAAGGAUUGGGCAGCAUGUCCCCUGAACCAUUGUCGGUAAUAACGGUAACCACGGAGGGACAUUCCGUGGUCAACAACGAGGUGGUAGAGCUGAGGCGACAGUUAGAGAGGGAACGCCACGCGAGGUUGCGUCUAGAGAAGCAAAUGAGAGUUAUACAGAAUCAACUGUAUCCGGAGAGAUUUAGAGAUAAUCAGCUAAUCACUUACCAACCUCACGAGGUGAUCGAACACACGGACAACGUGAUCGCUCAAGAAACGGAGGACGCAGUUGCCGCGCUUCAGGUAGUUUCCGUGGUGUCUUUGGCACAGGUUGGCACGACGCAGACCGUGGAAACGUCUAGUCCGGAUCCAAGUUCACCGCCCCUGUCUCCACAGCCCGCGGACAUGGUACCAGAGGAGAUCAAAGAGGAGGAGUCCGGCCCGGGCUCGCCAAAGAUCGUGACGUUCGGCCAGAACCAGGUGUUCUCCGCGAUCGACGAGCAGACUACCGCCGACUCGUUCUCCUCCUCGAGUCGUGUCACGUACACCACGAGUACGGGGGAGUUCAAGAACGCGUCACCCCAGUACAUCACCACCAGCCCCGCCAGACCGUUCUCACCGGCCGCGGAACCGCAGCGGCUGCCCAGCAUCCUCGAAGCCGCGAUGAAAGCGGAGCCGAAGGUUGAAGUCGAGAGGUUGCCGUCGCCAUCGAACUCGUUGGACGACGGGUCCCCGCAGGCGAGACUCUAUCUGGCCAACACCUCGAGACAGAAUCUGGAAACGAUCGUCGAAGCGAUACGUCACCUCGAAGGGGACCAUCUGUUCAGCGACGAGCCGGCCCAGGACGUGCCGUUGGCGUUGACCAAUAAACAAACGGCCAUCACGUCGAGCAAAACGUCGACGACGCCCGGCGCGUCGCCGGCAGCGUCAGCGAAGCAGCGGCUACUCCAGGCCGAGUUCCUCCAGUUCCACAGGCAACAACAGCAGACCCAACAGCGGCCGGGCGUGAUCGUGGUGAAGCACUCGUGAUCGAAAGGCGCGUCGCGAUCGGCAAACUGAACGCGCGCGUCCGCCGCGGCAAACUCGCCUCCGCUCGAGAAUUAAAACGAACAAUCGAAAAAAAAUCCCGCGACGCGAUUCGAGACAUCGAGAGGAAUUUGCUUCGAGAAAGAGUGUGUUGUACGCGUGAGAGAGAGAGAGAGAGAGAGAGAGAGAGAGAGAGAGAGCGUGUGAGUGCGUUAAGUACAUAGAAGAGAGACGAGAAGAUGAAGAUUGGGGAGAGAGAGAUUGAGAGAGAGAAAGAGAGGGAGAGAGAGGGAGAGAGAGAAAGAGAGAGAGAGAGAGAAAGAAGAUAUAAGAAUCUUUUCAGCGACAAUGUUUUACGCUCGAGCCGGAGGCUCCGUUUCCUCGAAGAGACGCUCGGGAAGGUCUCCUUGCGUUCGAUGUUGCAAUCGUCGACCGGCCAUUAUUAAUUGUCGGUGUUGCGUUCGGUCGACGUUUCCGUAUGUUCCUACUGCCCGUCGUCGUGUCCGCCUUCGUUUCGAUCCAUCUCUCUCGAUCCCGUGUGUCCAUCCGGGAUCCAUGCGUCAAAAAAAAAAAAAAAGAAAGAAAGAAAAUUGUUGUUAUUAUUUCGUUCGUUCGUUCGUUCGUUCGAUCGGAUCAGAUCACACAGAGCACGUUUGAUGCACGUGCGUAUGUUUCGAGGGGGGUGGGUGUCGAGCUUCUUCUUCGCGGUCGCGAAUUUUUCACAAUCGAACGAUUCGACGAGUCGCGACGAAACCGUUUUCCGAAACGCGGGGAGAGGAGAGGGAGGCAGCCGAUCGCGAGUUUAUUUCGAAGAGGAGAAGGGAUUCGCGGUCGGAAACUCGAAACGAAGGUAGGACCAAAGUCGAAGCUCGACGAAAGGAUCCUCGCCACCGAGUCGUCGAAAAUGUUUCCCUCGAUUCAUCCCCCUCCCCCCCUCCCCCCCCCAAGGCGCCUCCCGUUCUUCACUUCACGCUCCAUCCCCCAAUUCCAUCAUCACCAUUUGCUAUUACCUUUUUCGCUACUUCUUGUAAAUAUCACCUUUCGGUUCGCGGCGUGUCUCGUUUCUUCCUUUUUUCCUUUCUUCUUUUCUUCCUUCUUUCUUCUUCUUCUUCUUCUUCUUCUUCUUCCUUUUUCUUCUUUUCUUAUCGACGAGAACUCCGCUCGCGAACAAUCGCAAUUCCCCAUGUGUCUUACUUCCCCUCCACCCCCGUGAAUCUCGAAAGAUUCAUCCUCUCCUAUUAUUAUAUUGCUCCUUCACAUUGCUCUUCAUCGAAGUCGAAUUCGUCUUUCCCAUCAUCCCUCCAUUCAUCCCUUCGCGAAUCGAGACAGCGAAGCGAGCGUUUCUCUCCUCGUGUUACGAGGAUAUAAUAUUAUCAUUUCUUUUCUCUUUUUCGUAGGCUUAAGAUGAAUUGCUACCACAAUUAAUAAUUAUUCAUAGAUAAGUAAGGCUGCGUAUGCUGUAUAUCGUACCGAUGAUGUAUACAUAUGUACACACGACAUAUAACGUAUAUACAUGAGACGUGUAAUUGGUACGAGAUCCCCCCUUUUUCCGCGAAUUUGUGCGUGUAUAUAUAUGUAUAUAUAUGUAUAUAUAUAUAUAUGUAUAUAUAUGUAUAUAUAUAUGUAUAUAUAUGUAUAUACACGUAUGUAUAUAUAUACACGCGCAUAAUACUUAUCUACUUUCUCUUUUUUUUUACAUAUUGUUACGAGAAUUCAAAGAAAAAAGGAAAGAAAGAAGAAGCUAUCCACUUAGAGAUACUUAUAUAAUAAGUACGCGAGGAGAAGGUUCACUUUUUGACGACGCCGUAUUAUAUUUUUUUAAUUUCUUGUUCCCUCCCCUCCCCGUCCCCCCUUCGCGUCCCCCUUUCUUUCAUUUUGCUUUUUCCAAACGUUCCAAACACAUACUUCUAUCGCGUUGUUCCAGUGUUGUUCGCAGUGACAAAAAGAUUGAAAACGAGCGAGAAUUCGAGACGAACAAGAUCGAUUAAGACACCAGAUACACGAUACAUACAAGUAAAUUCUGACGAUAUAUAUAUAUAUAUAUAUAUUUAAUAAUAAAGAAAUAAAGGAAAUCUAUCUAUCUAUUAUAUAUUGAUUUGGAAUGAAAUUAGAUGAAAGUAAAGUUUCUUUAAUUAUUAAACUCGAUGACUCGAUAAAUUAAUGAGUGAUUAUCGGUAAACGAAUUACAUUACGACGAUUUUACCAUUUUACUAUUUUGACUUCUUCUUCCACACGAUUCUAAAAAUAUCUUAUAUAAUAAUAAUUGAUAUAUCGUCAGAAUCUGUUAUAUACAUGAGCAUAUAAAUCCACGAAUAUAUAUAUAUAUAUAUAUGUACACGUAUAUAUGUACACGUAUAUAUACAUAUAUGCAAACUACACGUACACAUGCGUACAUAUGCUUAAUAUUUGACACACAUUAAUAUGUAUCGAAGCAAGAGAGAAAGCCAUGGGGAAAAAAAAAGUAAUAGACGUUUCCGCGAACCGCUUUUAUAUUAAGUAUCGACAUUUUUCGAAAAAUGAAAGGGAGAAGGAUUAAUGAUAAAGAAAGAGGGAAAAAAGAAGAAAAAGAAGAAGAAGAAGAAGAAGAAAAGAAGAAAUCAUUUGAAUGUGUAGAAAGCGUUCUCAUCGCGCCAUUGCGUUAGUUAGAUAAGUGAGCAACACGCAGGGUGAAAAUUCCGUUUAAUCUGUGCCAAAUAUCGAGUAAAUCAGACUUUUGUUCCUUCGUAUAGAUAAGUAGUGAUUGGCAGCGCGAGGGAAAAAACGAGCGUGGCGGAUCGGAUAAUUUCAUUGAUAUUUCGUGCAAGAGCCGAUAUUAAAGAUCGUUCACUCCCUUCUCGUAAAUUGUUUCCGGCAUGCAUGUUUAUCGCGACACUCGACAGACUUUUUCUAUCGCUUGUACACUUUUUUUAAUACUCCCUCCCCCGUAUGUAUUUCUCUUCCCCCUUCCUUCCUUUCCUCGAAAGAAAGAAUCUCCUCCCCCCUCCCUAAUAAUCCUUCCGAGUCGCGAG